AUGUGUGCUUCUACUCGUUUUCCGGAGGCUAUUCCUCUGAGAAAAAUUAUUACUCGCAAUAUUGUUAGAGCGCUGGUUAAGUUCUUUACAACUUUCGGUCUACCUAGGUGUGUACAGUCGGACCAGGGAACUAAUUUCAUGUCUGCUGUGUUUAGACAGGUGUUCCAACGUUUGGGUAUUACACACUCUAUUUCUAGUGCGUAUCACCCAGAGAGUCAGGGGGUGCUUGAACGUUUUCAUCAGACGUUGAAGUCAAUGUUGCGAGCGUACUGUUUGGAACAUUCACAUGAUUGGGAUGAGGGGGUUCCUUAUCUGUUGUUUGCAGUACGUGAGGUUGUGCAAGAGUCGCUGGGCUUUAGCCCCUUUGACUUAGUGUGUGGCCAUAUUGUUCGAGGACCUUUAAAGUUACUUAAAGAAAGGUUGCUCGAGGAUAAAACUCCCACUAACCUUUUAAGUUAUGUGUCUGAGUUUAAGACUAGGUUACAUCAAGCUUUUGAUAUGGCUAGGGAUAAUUUGAAGGUUCCGCAGUGCGGUAUGAAGUCUUGGUAUGAUAAGAAGAGAGAUGUGAAUAAACAGCAAGCGGUUGUUUGUGCACCUGCAGUUGCUUUGGAACCAGGUGAGGAAGUUCUUGAUUCGCAUGUUAGGUUAAAAAAUUCACAGGUGUUGGCUAACUUAAAUAAGACGUUGCAUCAUCUUCCUUUAUCUAACAUGAUAGAGCUUAAGAGUUUAAUUCUUGAAUUUAGGAUUUUAUUCCCAGACGCUCCAGGACGAACCAAUCUGGUUGAACAUGAUGUAGUGUUAGAGGAGGGG